UAGUCGGUCUUUGUGCAGCUCGCGUGUUCCCAGCGCGCACGUGGAGACCUUGAGGAAGCGCCUGAUGCGCACCUAAUGUACAAGAUACACGUGGCGUGCAAACAGCGAUUUUCAUAACCGACGACGUAGUUUUUCGCGUACGCCGUCUCAGAACACGGAAAUCCAGACCUUGGGGAGAAAUCACGCGCACUCCCGCUCCUCUUCUCGCAAUAAGUUAUCUCGCUUGCACGGUGACGUCAACUGUCAAAAGCUGCGAUCAUGGUCAUAGAUUUCAUAAUGAUCACUUUCUACUUUCGACGGGGAGACCGGCCUACCGCAUCCGCGACUCAUCAUCCUUGGGUAUACCUUCGUAUUCUCAACCGCGAGUCAAUGACACUUGACCCUCAGAGCAACGAAAGCGAUUUCGCGCGGAACGAUUAUAUCUUAUUGAAGGAGAUUCCGCCCGAAAUCGAGAGUAUUGACACAGCGUGACGUGUAGAGAGGAGCGCUGUCAUUAACUGAAAUAAAAUUUACAGGCCCAAGGAUGAGGCUCGUCGCGGCGAUUCUCGUCGUCGCUCUCUCGGAUGCAGCGGUGUGCGGCCAAGACUUCGGGGGUCACGCGCUGUUCGUGAGAACCGCGGACGCGGAUCCCGCACGCUCGAGAGUCCAACGGGCUGCUGCCUCGGUAUCGCCGGCAGAUGUGAUGGCACAAAAUAUCCUAGAGUGGAUUCAAGGCAUCUACCAGCAGGGCACACGUAAAAUUCGCCAGCAAUCAGAAUCAAAUGCGUACUUGCCGCCCUACAGUACCCAACGACCGCCCGAAAAACCGCGACCCUUCCAGGCGGCCACAAGCUCUCAACAGAACGAAGUAACGGGUUACACGGCUCAGCGGCCGUCGUCGCUUUACACCCCGCCGAAUAUCGGUUACCCGGCAUCUGGGCAGCCCUCCACGCCAUUUUCUACACCGAGACCGAGCCAACAACCUUCUUCAACGUACGUGCCGCAAGGCUUCAGAGGCUCCACGUCCUACAAUCCACGACCGAGCCAGCCCUCGUACUCUAAUGCGGGCUCGUCGGCCUUUCCGCCACUGAAUUCCCCGGAAUCGUCGUCCACUUACCUUCCGCCGCAGCCGCCGUCUUUUCCAUCGACCAGUCCAAGACCGCUUCCUUCCGAACCCACUGGACCUUCGGGACCCACGGGACCUUCAAGACCUUCAGGACCCCCAGGACCACCCCCGACAAGAGGCUAUCCUAGUCCAGGUUAUCCCAGUUCAAACGGGUUCACUUCGAUGCCUGGAUACUCGACUCCCGGAAGACCGUCCCCUCCCUUCACUACACCAGGUGAAAUUGGCGUAGAUGCGGGUUCUAGUGUUGGUGUCACAGGAGAAGGUCCUCGAACCACUGAAACUGAAACUGGUGUUACAAGUACUGGUACUGCAGAGACCACUCGAACUGACGACGACCUCAAUCAUCCCCCGCAUAUCCACAGCCUUGAUGUCCAAUGCAGCAAGACCAUGAUGACAAUUAAUAUCGAAUUCAAUCGCGCUUACGACGGUAUUAUUUAUUCCAAGGGAUACUUUAUGAAUCCAGAAUGUACCUACGUAAGGCAGAAUUCUGGAUUAACGCAGUAUUCUUUUACUGUGAAUCUAGACUCCUGCGGGACUCAAUUCAUCAACGAUUUCGAGGGUGAAGCUGGUCAGGCUUAUUUGGAAAACGUCCUCGUACUACAAAAUGAAGUCGGCAUACAAGAAGUCUGGGACACAGUUCGACGAGUACGAUGCCUAUGGGAAGGAAACAUCAAUAAGGCUUUAACGGUGAAUCUCUCGGUAGAUAUGUUAAACCAAGAGAUCGUUACCUUUAGUGGCGAUACCGCGACGGCCAAACUGGAUAUUCAAAUCGGCAAAGGACCUUUCGCAGCCGCAGCCGAUGGACUCGUAAAGAUCGGAGAAACAAUGACGUUAGUAGUCUCCGUGGAGGGCGAUCCUGGUUUCGAUCUUCAGGUGCGCGACUGUCUGGCGCGAGACGAAGCUUCGACCAACAUGCUGCAGCUCACUGACGAAAGAGGCUGCAUUUUGAAACCGAAGUUGUUCGGCGCUUUCCAGAAGACAAACGAUACCGGCAAUACAGGCGCUUCUAUCAUCGCUUACGCGUUCUUCCAAGCCUUCAAAUUCCCCGAUGUCAUGGAUUUGUUCAUCGAAUGCAACGUCGAGCUAUGUAAAACUAAUUGCGAACCUUGUCCGGAAGCAAAUCAACAAAUCGAGCCAGGAAGACGUCGUCGAUCGAUAACGUAUGCACCAUCUUCGAGCAACUCGACCAAUUCAAUUCUGUUAUCGGAUCCGGUUCGUGUCGGACGGCGUUUCAAAGUAAUCAUGUUGGACGACUUGAGCGCGGCGUCCAGCCAGGUCCUGGAUAGUAUGGAGGAAACGGCUGUCGAGGCGAUGGUAAAAGCGAAAGAGGUCUGCAUGAGCACCAGUGGAUUUUACACGACCUUCAUUCUCAUGUUGAGCACACUCUUCAUCGCGACUAUAAGUGCGGCUGUGCUGUAUGUUAAAUUACAACGAAUUCGCAGACCGAAAUUCGUGGAUUCGUAAGAUGGUAUUUUAUCGUAAUAAUACCAGGAAAGUAGAAAACGAGCGCGUGCCAGUAAUCAAAUAACAACUUAAACAGUAAGAGACUAUUAUUUUAGCGCUUCGCAAUCGCUCAAUCGUGAAGAAAUUGCUGAACAUCGAAAGAAAUAGCAGUUGACAAACGACAGAAAUUUUAUUCAGCUUGUUGCUUCUAAAUAUUUAUCAAUAAAUUCUCACAAAAUGUUACUCUUACCCAACCAUAGAAAUUUUAUUCUGCACGAUAGCAGAACAGGGAAGUAGCCAUAUUUUACAUAUCAAUUUAUAAAUAUCUAACAAACUACUCGUGCAGUCCUCGGACGACGAGAGUGCUCAUUUCGCGUAAUGCUUCAAUACCGAUGCGAUAUGGUAUUUAUUGCGAUAUUUCAAUAUCAGCAUAAUGUAAAUUUUAAGUAUUCGAAAAUAAAUUAUGAUAUUUG